GCUUUCUAAUCGCACGUCAGGCGUGUCGGAAACCUCAUCACAACUGGUGCAUACCGGCGAGGGUGGUCAUGGAUCUGCUCAAGUCCAUCCUUGGCUUUGACGAAUGGACGGGCAAACCACAUGCGCUCUUCUCGCUACAUACCCUGCUCGUGCUCGCCGCGGUGGCCGCACUCAUGCUUGCCGACGUCGGCGAGCGCUUCACGUUCAAACUCAUGGUAGAUCGCAUGGAGUCGUAUCGGUACUUCUUGGCGCAAAUCACAACGUUCCUGUACAUUCCUCCCAUGUUUUGCAUUGUCGGGUACAAGGCCACCCAAACCGACUUUAUCGACGAAGAAGUGAACGAGUUCCCCAAGUACAAGUUCUUUAUCAUGGCCGUGCUCGACCUAUGUCACGCCAUGCUGCUGUUCAUUCCGGGCGGCAACACCCCCCCUGCGCUCACCGUGAUCUUCAUGCAAGCCACGAUUCCAUUCUCCAUGCUGUUUGGCUACCUCUUCCACGACUACCAGUACUCGCGCAUGCAGGUCGUGGGGUGUAUCCUCAUGUCCAGUGGGUUGCUCCUGGGCAUCCUCCCGCUAGUGCUUCUCCUCGCCAGCGAUGUAUUCGAGGAGGCCGAGAUGGGGUGGAACUCGCUGUGCUUUCUACUCGCGGCAGUACCCGGCGCUCUCUCCAUGCUGUACAAGGAGCAGGCGCUGGCCCCGCAGCCCAUGGACGUCUACUACCUCAAUGCAUGGGUCGCUGUGUACCAGUUCAUCGGAGGCUUGUUGUUGGCGCCGGUGAUAUUCGAUAUCCCUACAUUGCACUUGGACCAGCGCAUCUCUGGCUUGGAAUGUCUCGUGAAUGGCGUGUCUGAAGUUCGCACCGACAAGUGCCACGUACGUAAUAGUAGAAUAUAUAUAUAUUUGAUUGUAUAUAUAUAUAUAUAUAUAUAUAUAUUGGACAUGUGUGUAGCUGGGCGUAGUGAUAUUGAUCGCGUUUUUGGGGUGCAAAGUGGGUUUGUUCUACGGGAUUGGGUUCGUCCUCAACCACACGAGUGUGGGGGUGCUCUACACUGCGUUCACGUUGGCAUUUCCCAUCGGGUUCUUUGCGCUCGACGCUUAUCAAUCCUCUGGCCAACCUGAUGAUAAUGAUGUGACCACUGCAAGAUGGAUGAACUAUCUGUCGUUUAUGGUCGUGUUCUUGGGGCUGGUGGUGUUUCGACUGUUGCCGGAACCCCACACGGACGCGAUCACCCUAAGCGCGGCGGAAAAGGAAGCCGUGUCGCUUCUUGACGAAAGCAGCGACAGUGGGUUGCGGUACAUGGCAUAACCAGACAAGCUAGAACUAACAGAGUCUGAUUCUGAUUCGUGUUUGGGUGACGUCGCAACGACUGAGUCUGAUUCUGAUUCGUGUCAUCGCAACACAAAGAGGCGGUCGCUGCUUUGCACCCGCACGUCCUCGUUCGGGUUGACGUACACGUAGCUGUGCCGUUUCGGGCGGUGGCGGUACAGCCCCAGACACAAAAUGUCCUAAACAGAUGAUAAAUAUAUAUAAG